UAGGUAGAUAUAGAUUAGUAAUAAAGGAGCUUGUGUGGGUAGGGGCCAUAUAUGAUUCAUUCUGGAAUAAACCGUAAUGUACAUAAGACGUUGUUUAAUUUACUUCAUUGGCUAACGAGGAUUUUCAACGAUAUCGCGGAAGCAUUUCAGUAUAAGUAAUUAGAAUUAUUUACGAAUCAGCUGGGCAUCGAAUCACAACAAUGUCGGUGGGGAGAAUCGGCGAGUUUGAUGUCGCGAGUGGCAACUGGGCGAGGUACGUGGAGCGAUUGGAAAUGUAUUUCCAAAUCAACAAAAUUGAAGAAAAGGAUCGAGUGCCUAUGCUUAUCACGGUCAUUGGUGAUACGGCGUACGCGCUAUUGAGCGAUUUAUUAAGCCCAGGGAAGCCAUCAUCAACAAAAUACAAUGUAAUUGUUUCCACGUUGAAAGAUCACCUGCAACCAAAGGUUUCCAUAAUGGCGGAGCGUUACCGGUUCAGACAAAGGAGGCAAUCGUGCGGCGAAAGUGUUAAAGAUUAUUACACGGAGCUUAAAAAGUUAUCAAGUGAGUGUGAUUUCGGUGCUAACUUAGAGGACAAUUUACGGGACCAGUUAGUAUGUGGUUUAAAAAGUGACGUAAUUAGACAACGACUUUUUGCGGAGGACAGUCUGAGUUUCAGCCAAGCUGUUAAGAUUGCGUGUUCACUGGAGGCGGCGGAGCGCGAUGCGGCGUCGGUGGAGGUCAUGGGUGCAGGGGGCGGCGGCGCCUCAGCCCAUAGCAACAGCGCGGUACAUGCGCUGACGUCAUCGCGGGCGCGCGGGCCAUCCGGCUCGGCGGCGCAGGGCUCCUACGGCCGCGGGCCUAGUGGGGCGCGGAGAUGGGCUUCGCCGGACACGGCUCGAAGUGCUGAUCAAUCAGCUCAGUGUGAGGCGUGCGGCGCACGCAGCCACGGGAUAAAAGACUGUCGAUUCAGAAGGGCAAUCUGCAGUAAAUGCGGUAAAGAAGGCCACCUACGGCGUGUAUGCCCCGCGUGGGCGGAGCGCGCCGGACACAGAUGGGCGGGAAACAGAGGAUACAAACAGAGCAAAUCUCUGCAUCAUCUAGAUGAAGGAGUACCCGCCCAGGAAGAGGAUGACUCAGCAGAAUGUGAAGAGGAGUUAAACCAACUCUGCUUGAGUGGCUACAAGCCGACAUAAGGAGCUAUUCAGCGGCGGACUGGGUAGAUUCACUGGCGGGAAGGUGAGGCUGCGGGUGCGGGAGGACGCGGUGCCGGUGUUCUGCCGCGCGCGCCCGCUGCCUUUCGCGCUCAAGGAGCGCGUGGACGCCGAGCUCGACGCCAUGCUGCGGGACGGCGUCAUCGAGCCGGUGGACUGCUCGGACUGGGCCACGCCGCUGGUGCCGGUGAGUAAGGCGGACGGUGGACUUAGAAUAUGCGCGGAUUAUAAAAUCACGCUUAACCCUGCCUUGUUGGUCGAUAGAUAUCCGUUGCCUAGGUUCGAUGACUUAUUAAUGACCUUGAAUAAGUCGGUUAUAUUCAGUAAAUGCGAUUUAUCCCAAGCGUACAAUCAGCUGGAACUCGAUGAGUCAGCAAAAUAUACGGUAGUAAACACACAUAGAGGUCUCUAUAGGUACAAACGGCUCGUGUAUGGCCUAUCAUCCAGUUCGGGGAUAUUUCAGCGGACCCUUUCAAAUUUGCUAAAAGGCAUUCCUUUCACGGGGGUUUUCAUCGAUGACGUCAUCGUAGGAGGUAGGAAUAUUGAGGAACAUCUAAAAUCGUUAGAGGAGGUCCUGCGUAGAUUGUCAGAAAAUGGGUUAAAAUUGAAGAAAAAUAAAUGCGAGUUUAUGGUGGACGAGGUGAAAUACCUCGGAUAUAUAAUAUCAAAAGACGGUAUCAAAACCGAUCCGGAGAAGGUUAAAGCAAUGGUGGAGAUGGCGCCACCAGAAAACGUAGCCGAAUUAAGGUCAUUCUUGGGUCUGGUUAAUUUUUAUGGCAAAUUUAUCAAAAAUAUGAGUCAGAUAUUAGCACCAUUGUAUGAAUUAUUAAAAAAAGAUGUUAGUUGGGUAUGGAGUACUAGGUGCAAGGAGGCUUUUGAUACAAUUAAAAGGGUCCUAGCUAGCUCGGAGGUAUUAGCACACUACGAUGAGGAUAAACCGUUAAUCUUAACGUGCGACGCAAGCGGGCAGGGGGUAGGCGGAGUGCUCACGCAGCCGGGCGCGCGCGGGGAGCGCCCCGUCGCGUACAUGUCUAGGACGCUUAGCGACGCGGAAAAAAAUUACGCUCAGAUACAGCGGGAAGCUUUAGCGAUUAUAGUCAGCCUUAAAAAGUUUCACCAAUAUCUGUACGGUAGAAAGUUUUUACUUAGAACGGAUCACAAACCAUUAGUUAGUAUUUUUGGAUCAAAAUCCGGCGUACCACCUAUGGCCGCGAGUAGAUUACAAAG